CACUCUCUUCCGCAUCAAGGUCGAUGGCCCUCGUUCGGCAUGCGCUAACCAAGCCGUCAUUCGAUCUUCUUCUCACCUCUGGACCGUGUCGCUUCGGCUGCUCUGCCGUGCUCCUUGCGCCAUGAUCGUCGUCGGAGGCCUAUAAAGCCUCGCAGCUGAAGCUGUGAUACACCAGCAUUCGCAUUACCACCAGCACCCGCCCCCAACAUACUGUCUACAAUGCCUAGCCACUCGUCUCUCUUCCUUCCUCCCGAGCUAUGGAUUGAAAUCUUCCGUUAUGCGACGCACCACGAAUCCCUCUAUGCUGCUGACUACGACCCGUUCCGAGAAGCCCUCACCGAGUGCAGCGAGCAUGACGACACGCUCGCCAUAAAGUACGCCAUCGUGCGUGUUUGCAGGCAGUGGAGGGCUUUGGGUACGGAGAUGCUGUAUGAGGACUUGAGAAUUGCGCGCGGUGUAGGUGCCCUGAAGCACGCUUUGGAGGAGGACGACGAGCUGUGCAUGAAGGGUGCCCCAAUUCCUGCCCGAGGUCGCUGGGUCCGUCGAGCCGAGCUCGAGUACUCGCAGUCCGCGACUCCCACUUCGUCCCCCCCUCCCGCUCUCGACAUCCUUCGCCACUGUCCGCAUUUGGAGGUCCUCGUCAGACCAGCCCGCACUUUCCAUCCUCUCCUCUUCGAAUUUCCCGCGGAAGCCCCUCCCCUCCCUUCACUCAAACGCAUUGACUGGUGUCACGACAACGAUGCCGCACGCACCGGCGGCAUCAAUUCCCUCGACGAAGUCCUCAGUCGCACUCCCAAACUCGAGUAUCUGUCCCUCGCGGGCAAUAUGUCCCUUGGGCUUCUCCGACAGCAGCGGCACGUCGAGCUCCCUGCGCUCAAGGUUCUUCGUUUGCGGAACGUGAACCCUAUUUUCGUUCGCCAGGUCUGCGUAUGGUCUCUCCCCUCGCUGUCGCACGUCAUUGUCGACGCGCUGCCGCCAUAUCAGGCUUUGGACAAUAUAUGGGAGACGUUCGGGGAAGGGAUUCAAUGCGUCCAACUCGGAAGCCAUAUGCGUUUCCUCACAGAGGAUCACCUCGCGACUGUCGUUGCCUCGUGCCCUCAUCUUUGCGAGCUCAACUAUUACAUCUUCUUCACCGCCCCUCCACAUUAUACGACGCCGCAUCCUUCACUCCAUAGCGUCGGCCUCCAUGCACACCCCAACUUGAGCAUUCAUUCCCACGACACGGAUCCGGAGGAGUGGAGGUGCAUAGAGGAGCAUUUUGCCGCUUACGAUCCUGAUCUCUUCCCCUCGAUGAAAGAGUUUGUCCUGUACGGUGAUGACUGGCGCGACGUUCUCCACGACCCUCGAUUCGAGGCUCUCGAAGAUAAAAUACGAGAACGUGGUCAAAGGAUCGUCUUUUCCUCGAUCCGCACAUGAUUUUCGUUUCUUCUUACAGAUACCACUACCCUAGACUUCGAACUUUGUUGUAUAUUUACCCAUGUCAGCGGGGGCCCACGACCACCAGCUUAUGUCUCAUUACUGUUACUUUUCCAUAGAUCUAAAACCUAACCUUGCUCUAAGUUUCUAUAUAUAGACCGCAUUAUUUGAUUAUCGCCAUUUUUCUGACUAUC